AUGCAGCCCUCCACAUCCCAUGGGCCGACCACGUCGCUCAGAGUCCCCUCUCCUCUCCGAAGCCUCUUCACAAGCAAGUCCUCGACGGAGCCGACCUAUGUCAUAUUUCCCAUUCUCAGUGCUAUUUUCUUCUACCUCCUUUGGGUCGUCAUGUAUCAAAACGGUUCGGCAGACGCCAUGAACGCAGCAGUCGAAGCUGCUUCCCUACCUAACGGCAUGGCCCUCAAAGUUCGCUACACUGGGAUCCCACCCAUCGACGGUCUCCUCGCCAUCUUGGUUGCAUUCACCUAUCCCGUAACCGACGGUCACGACAAAGCCUCUUGGCUACUGAUGGUUGAUAUUGUUUCCACGCUCCAAACCGGCCUGCUCUGGGCCUACAUGGAAUCGCUGAGAUUUGGGCGCAAGACGGCUUGGAUGGCAUAUCCAUCACUCGUAUAUUUGGCCGUAAAUGCCAUGGGUGCUGCUGCCAUCUUGCCCAUGUAUUUCUACAUCCAACUGCGCAACCACCCCGGCGAGCACUAUAUCCAACUAUGGAAUGCGAAACCACUGAUGUUUUCAGUCGCAAUUGGAGGACUGUUGCCUGGGCUGGCUGAGAUCGCGAGACCGUUAUUCCCCGCUUCGCCUCUCGAACACCAGAACAUCAUUGCAAUCAUGCAAGUCUCGCCUUUGAUGGUCUCAGCUAUCCAAUACGUGGCAUCGAAUCUCUAUCCAAUCCGCAACAUUGAUGUUCGCACGAGAAAGACGGCGUAUGUGCCUUCAGUGCAAAACGCUUUGGUCUUGGGUGGCAUUGUCUCGGCCCUGUCGCAUCUGGUCAUCGUGGGCUACGUUCUUCUCGGGGGCCAGUCGCUGCUGUCGAUUUAUAUGCCGAACUACAACAAAGCAUUUCAAGCCCAGGGCGAAGCCAAGCUUUUGGAGGGCUCACGGCUCUUCCUGCAGUAUGACUACAUCGGAAUCACGGCCAGUGUGUUGCUGUGGUGCUAUUACCUUGUGAUAGGUCUUAGUGGUGUGGAUAAAACUCUAUUACUCAUAGGACUGGUGGCGGGAGAUCUCAUAUUGGGUCCAGGGGCCGUUGCUAGUGGAGUCCUUUGGUGGAGAGAGCACAAGAUGUUGGAACAAACGCAAGCAAAAAAGAAGGCAAUAUAG